CGCGGAACCGGCGGGUCGGGCUGCUGCACCGCCUGCUCCAGCUCGGCGUGCUGGGCUACCUGCUCGGGUAGGGCGGUCCCCUCCCGCCGCGGCGAGCCGGCCGGCCGCGCGGGGCCCGGCCCUCCCGGAGGCGAUGGGGCGGCCGGGGGUCCCCUCAGCGCGCCUCGCCCCCCCCUGCCCCUCCGCAGGUGGGUGCUGCUGGUGCGGAAGGGCUACCAGGACACCGACGCAGCCCCCCGCGCCGCCGUCGUCACCAAGCUGAAGGGGACGGCGGUCGCCGAGGUGGGGGGCGCGGGCCGGCGGCUGUGGGACGCGGCGGACUACACCCGGCCCCCUCAGGGAGGAAACGUGCUUUUUCUGGUGACCAAUUUCAUCGCUACAGCAAAGCAAGCCCAGGGCACCUGUCCCGAGAGUCCCUCUGUUCUCGAUGCGAUGUGCACAGAAGAUGCAGACUGUCCCAUGGGAAACCCAGUGGUUCAUGGCAACGGGAUAAAAACUGGGAAAUGUGUGAUGUUCAACACCACUCAUUCCACCUGUGAGAUCUAUGGCUGGUGUCCUGUGGAGAACAGCACCCUGCCCAGGAAACCUCUUCUGGCUGAGGCGGAGAAUUUCACUCUUUUUAUAAAAAAUACUGUCCACUUCACCAAAUUCAACUUCUCUAAGUGCAAUACUUUGCAAACCAAUGACCCCACCUAUUUUAAGAGCUGCACGUAUGAUCCAUUCUUCAACCCCUCCUGCCCUGUCUUCCGUGUCCGUGACAUGGUGGAAGCAGCUGGAGAGACCUUCGGAGACCUCGCACUGCUGGGGGGGAGCAUAGGAGUUCGCAUCGAGUGGGACUGUGACCUGGAUCACCCCGCUGCCCAGUGCCAGCCGCAGUACUCCUUCAGCCUGCAGGACAGGAGGUACAAUUUUAGAACUGCCUCCUACUACUGGGACUCCCAGCGGCAGCUCUGCCGGAACCUGCUGAAGCUCUACGGCAUCCGCUUCGACAUCUCCGUGCACGGCCAGGCUGGGAAGUUCAGCAUAAUUCCUGCUGCCGUGAGCUUCGGCACCGGCAUCGCAUUCUUUGGUGCUGCCACGCUGGUCUGUGACCUGGUUCUGCUCUACCUGGAUGCGAAGGCUGACGUCUACUGGAAGGAGAAGUUCGAGGAGGCAAAACCCCCUAAAGGCAAGACUGAGGCUGCUGCUUAGGGACAUCAGGAAUGCUCUGCCACAAGCACCCUUCACUCCGGAGCAACCUGCAGGUGGCCGUGGGCCUUGAUUUCCCGUGAAAAACAGGGAUGCAACAAAAUAAAGCUGUUUGGAAAGCGG